AUGGUCAACCUAAGCUUGUGCUGGCUGCCACUGGUCCUGGUGGCCAUUUCGGAGGCACAGGGCUCUGAGGAAGCCACCACAGUAGCCUCUGCCGGUGGCAGCGACUUGACGGCGGCCAAAUGUGGCAAGAAAAGGGCCGGUUGCUGCUCCGAACUGUACAUUGGCGAGGAGGAUGAACUCGAGAAGUGCUUCGUGAUACACGCCUCAAAGUUGCCCCAGGACGGGGAAUCUGACAUCGGGAAGACCUUUAGAUUUUUAUCGUGUUUCGUGGAGUGUUUGUACAAACAGAAGAAGUACGUUGGAAAGAGCGACACGAUCAAUAUGAAGAUGGUGAAGCUCAAUGCGGAAACGACGUUCGCAGAUCGUCCCAAAGAGAAGGAGUACCACAUAGCCAUGUUCGACUACUGCCGGAAGGAUGCCUCGUCCAUGUACAAUCUGCUGAAGGCCAGUCCCGGAGCCAAGGCUCUUCUGCGAGGCGCCUGUCGACCCUAUUUGUUGAUGGUGUUCCUGUGCGUGGCCGACUACCAUCACGAGCACGAAUGCCCCUACUUCCGCUGGGAGGGUACCACUAAGGCGGGCACCAAGGAUCAGUGCGAAAAGGACAAGGCCCAGUGCUAUGCUAUCGACGGCCUGACCAUGCCCACCGAGAAACCCAUUUAG